AUGGCGAAUGUUCGACAAUACGCAGGAGGAGCUUAUUUAAAAGCCGUUACAAAGAAGGGUCAUGAACGGGAAGCAAGGAUAACUGUGGAAUUCACGGGAAACGCUUAUGAGGAAACAACAGGUAUUUUGAAUGUAUGGAGUAAGACAAGUUUAUGCACCCGUUUUCUUUCUUUGUUUUUUUUCUUGCAUAUUCAGUGCUAUUUCAAUCUUCACCGUUUCAUUUGAUAGUGAAGGCAGCGACAAAAUGUCCUCAUUUGGAUCAAAGUUUAUACUUUUCGUCUUUGGCAACAAAAUUUAUUGAAGCGGAUCACGACGACCAAAAAAGCCAGUACGUUAAGGGAUGGGAAAGAUGGGAAACUUAUUGAUCUCGCGAAAUUGAAUUCAUAUGACUUGUUUUCCCGCCAAAAAUAUCACUAAUUAAAAGUAACAUCUUCCUUUGUUUUGACCAACUUUGUCGACCUUCAUACUAACAAGAUGACGCAAACGACUGUGUAGAGGAAUGAAAACAUUUUGUUAUAAGAAUCUGCUCCACAAUAUCUUAUAAUAAGAAUUGGCUCCUUUUCUUAAGGCGGGAUUGGGUAUCCAUUGUGUAUGGGAAAAUUUGAUCCAGUUCUAGGCAAUUUAGCAAAGAGUACUGGGAAGUGCUAGCGAUCACUACGCUAGCUCUCGAUGGUUUUGUAUCAGAAAUGGAACGAGUGAGAUUUCUGGCAUGCGUAAGAACUGUUCGCGCGAUUUUUCCAUGACUGAAGUAUAAUUCUAUAUUUAUUUAUUUAUGUAAUUACGCAUGUCAGAAAUCGAACUCGUGAACUCGAUUUCUGACAUGGGCAAAGACGAUUUAUAGCGCAACACAGUUUUACAAUUUUGGAAGCGUUGCAACCAUUUGAAACGAUGUCGCAACAAUGUUGCAACUCUGUUUGGCGCUAAAAAUCGUCGUCGCGAAUCGUCCCGUGUAACAUUACCUUAAGUACUGUUGACGCAAACUUUUCAUGACUGAGGUAUUAAUAAUUCUAUAUUUAUGUAUCAGAUAUAAUCACCAGUCGGUGACCAAAAUGUACACUUUUUUAUACCCAUGUAUUUCAGAAUUCUAUAUUGGGCAGCAUGACAUGCCAGGAUACAACACAUUCUCGUGCUAUAUAGAGGGCCAACAAUACUUCCUGUGUGCAGAGAAUAACGAAGUGUUUCUGAUGGUAAGUAACAAUACGAGUUAAGUAAAAUGGCUUAAUGUAAUAACAACGUUAACUGAAUUCCACGGUGGAAGUUAAGUUUAGUUCAUCUUACGCUUACCCCAACAGAUUUUAUGGCGAAAGAUCGAAGUAAAGUUUCUGUAAACCUUGCAUUUUUUAGAGUUUACAACUGAAGCAAAUUCCCCCAUAAAAUCGAGUAUUCCUCUUUUAACCCAGCUAUAUAGGGUUGCUAAAUGGAAUUUGAGAGAGCGGAGUUGAAAUGGCCCCUCUGCUACUUUGCCCUUCAUAAUAGUCGAGAUCAUGGUGGAAAAUUAUCGAACGUGAUGAUCUAUUUUUUGCGCAGAAAAACACAGUCUCAAGGGUUUACACGGCCUAAUGCCAGCGACUCACAAAGCCACUCUUUUAAAUAGAUACAUAAUAUGACACACUAACGUCAUUUUAUCAUGUUUAUCACGUUCUUUUGUGCUUUCAAUGUAGAGUUCCUCCGAUAGCAAGCCUACAGAUGCCAGGUUCUUGUUCCACGUUGAAAAAGCCAGUAACGUUUUCUGCAACAUAAAGUCGGCUGUUAAUCCAGAAAUGUUUCUGGUCAGUGAUGAGUCAGGCAAGGCAGCCAUGAGGCGGAAAAUGGGCCGUACAACCUAUGACAGACAAGCCUGGUUUCGAUUUUUACCAGACGGUGACAUGGUAACAACUCCAGUUGGUGCAGAAACCAUCUUUAAAGCCAAAACGUUUGAAAUCCAGGAGGCUGUUUCUUGUAAUUAA